CCCGCAUAGCCCGCCGGAAGGGACUGCGGCUCGACAGCACCCACAAGUCCACGAAAACUUGGGGCCACAACAUAUCACAAUAUUAAUAAAUACUUUUGGUUGCUGCAUCAAUUCCAAUCCUGCCUGGGGCCCUCUUUUUCUUUCUUUGCACAAGUUACAAGUCGCACGCCCCUCCGACCAGCUGCUGUGCAUCUUGGAAGGGAUCAGCGCUGUCGUCUUAUUGUUUAUUCUUAUUUUUAUCUGUGUCCGGUUUCUCUUUGUUCUUCUUUUCUCUGAACGGUCCCCUUUUUGUUCUCUGUUGGCUGUCACAGCUACAUGGUCACUGAGCGCUGCGUCGCAUAUCUCGUCGGUUCAUGUCAUUAGACGCAUAGACGCAUAGACUUGCAUCAGCAUAGCGUUGGAAUUUGGCGUCAUAUGUCAUUGGGAAUCACUUUUGCCUGCAUCACUGAGCACUCGCCUGCUACCUGCGCCAAUGCUUGAAUGAGGACUCCUUCACCGAAACCGAGUCAUGCCGAACAGCAACGCAAGAAGAUGCUUCUGUCCAGCCGCGCCAGUCCCCCGAAACCACUGAGGUUCGGCGGUCCUGAUCGAUAUCUCUCCAUCAGACAUUUCCUCCCCUCCACCCCAAUCCCUUCGCCAUCUCUGCCGUCCAUCCUUCCACGUCACGGCAAGAAACCGCCAAAGCUCAACUCCCGCAAGAUUGUCCGCAGUCUGGUCUGGCUUGCAUUCAUCAUUGGCGUCUACUAUCUCGUCUCUUUCGGGCGGAGGAAAUCCCACAAGCUCGCCGAGCUGACCUUUCUGACCUCGCUGGGCAAGAUCUAUGAAAUUGUCGAAGCUUCGGAGCUGCCUGACCAUCCCACGCCGCUGGCUGUGACUGAUGCAAAGGGGAAGCACCACUGGACGAUAUCCAUCCCCCCAAACCUACCCUUCCCCCUUCCCUACACGGAAUAUGCCGACAUCUGCUCGCAAGUCGACGAGGUAGCUCGCCACGUUGCUGGCCCUCGCCAGAAGUCCCAGCCAAGUGACUACUACCGGGAUGACCCCAACUUCAUCGACGUCCAAGAGGCACAGGUUCUGCACUUCCUCCCCGCCGAAAUCCACCCGCUGCCUCGCGGGAACGAAAACAGUCUGCCCGUCUGCGAGAAGUCCCUGACCUACGUCCUCGAUGCCGCCGACGCGGGCCUCGGGUCCACCCUCCUCGGUCUGUGGCUAUCCUACGGCCUGUCUCGUCGUGAAGAUCGCGCCUUCUUCAUCGACGACACCCAAUUCCCUUACGGCAAAUACACCACCUUCUUCGCCUCAAAGCCCUCUCCGCCUUGCCGCCUACCUAGCCCCUCGCACCGUGUUCCGUGCCCACACCAGGCAAAACACCUCGUCGUGUCGGCUGCCACGACCAGUUGGAUUUUUGGGCAGUCCUUCCACGACCACUUCUCUCAAAGGGAGAUCUUUGAUAUGGCGAGGGAAGGGUACGAGGCACUCUUCAAGCUUCGACCUCAAGACGAGCAAUAUGUACUCAAUCGCGUGGAAAAAUUCCGAAAGGACGUCGAUCCAAGCACCAUCCCCCCACCCAUUCCAGACGACGAACGCUUCGACGACGACGACAUGUAUGACGUCGCGCCCGAGAACGGCCUGGUGGGGAUCCAUAUUCGGCGCGGCGACCGGCACCCUUUCAGCCUGACAUACUCGCAGAACUACCUUCCCCCCGAAAUGUACAUGGCCACCGCCUUGAAGCUGGUGGGCCAAUCUUCACAGUGGAAAUUCCUUGUCGCCUCGGACGACGCGGACAUGUACGAUCACAUCGAUCUGCCCAACACGCUGCGGGCCCAAGAACGAAUUUCCCUCGCAUCCAAAAAGAAGCUGGCCAGCAUGGGCCAAGGAGGGGGCCUCGGCUGGGAAGGCGGGUUCUUCAAGGACGUCUUCUGGGGUUUGGGUUUGCCGGAGGACGUCAAGGAGCGGAAAAAAUGGGGCAGCCCGAUGCCCAUGAAGGCCAAGCACAGGUAUGGCGAGAAGGACGACGACGGACGGGAGAAGCGAGUCCAUCAUCACGGCGCCAAACAUUCGAGCGGGCCGCGGAAAGAUGGUGGCGAUGAUGAUGUUGCCGACGUGGCCCUCCUGGAACGUGAUUACCGGACACACCCAACCACAGAAGCCCUUCAGCUGAGAGAGCUCCUUGGUCGAGCGUACCUGUUGGACUUGGCCAUGUUGGCCCAGAGCGAUAAAGUGGUUUGCGGCGUGUCGGCCAAUGCAUGUCGCAUCCUGGCCGUGAUGCUGGGGUGGGAGAGGAGUUUUGAGAGGAGAGACUGGAAUAAUGUAGACGGAAGUUAUCAAUGGCGGGUUCUGGACUAUUGAACUCGAAUGUCCCGGAAGAAUGUCAUUGAUUAUCAAGCAAUCCACGAUCUGAGGGCCCUUCGCAGUGAAUAUUCCGAAUUUCCCAAAUGUUGGCAUAGCGCAAACCCAUGUAAAGAAACGACAAGGUCAAAUAUGAAGCGCUCUCGACCACGCAG